AUGGCAAAGAAGAUCCUCGAGGAGGAAUACAGGAAGUUGCUGGAGGAAAACUCCGGGCCCGAGCAGAUCGUCGAGCGGCUGAAGGCGCAGCUUCUGCCUCUGGAUAAAGAGAUAAGUGAUGCUGAAAGAACGAUUCAAGAGGGGAUCCUCGUCCCGAAGGACUUGGACUUGAAGAACACCCUCGAAAACAGAAAGCAGGUGCUUCUAAGGAGCCUGGAACUGGAAACGCAAAAGUUUAAUGACUUGUGCAAAAAACAUGCUCAGUAUGAAGAAAUAGUUUUUCUGAGGAAGCAAGUAGAAGCCAAACUGCAAAUCAAAAGGAAAUUGGAUCAGCAGCUGGCCACGCUGCAAGCCGAGCAGGCUUUAGAUGCUUCCAGCCAGAUGAGACAAAUGCUGAAGCUGAAGAUGAGGAUCGAUGAAGAAAAGUUUCACUUCCAAAACACAAAAGAGCGACUGAAGGUUAGCACAGAGUGUGCUGCUAAACUGCAGACUUUCAUAGGAGGGAAGUGUCGGGGUAUUCCACACGAGGAGACAGCAAAACCAGUCACAGAGGCCUCGGAGCAGCAGGAGACGAAGGAGCUGAGCUCCAGCGACCAGCUGGGUGCCAUCGGAGGUGACCCAGAGAUGUUUGUCACUCAGGAUAAAGAGACUCAGUCCAGCUACGUGGAUGUAUACAUCUGUGGGCUGAAGGAAGAACGCAGGAUGAUAGAAGAAAGUAUAAAAAAGACCCAGAAAGACAUUCAGAUGUUGAAGCGAGAAAAUGAAAAUGUCAGUGGGCAGCCCGGGAAUCUGGAGUAUCACCUGGAGAAAUUAAAGAUGCUGGGAAGCUCUUUGGAAGAUCAUAAAAAGGUUGUUCAGAAAACUCUGGAGGAUCUGGCAGCUGGCAUCCGUGGAGCUUUAAAGGAUGUCGACACACCUGCUGACGUCACCUCGGACAACCUCCUAAGCUGCAUUGAUACUCUUCAUGAACGUAUUGCCACGCUGCAAAUCUACCCCAAAAGCAAGGGAACGCAUGCAGGUGUCAAACGAGACAGGAGAUGAAACGCUCCUCUGUGAAAUGAGCAGCACACAGCUAGUUUCUUAUUCUCUCAGUAUGACUUGCUUUAGCGGGUGAUGAGGAACGACGCUCCUCCAGGUCGUCUUCUGGAUGCUAGUCGUGUGCGCUCCCCUUUUCUCUUGGAACAGCGUUCAAACAGCAGCUCGUGAACUUAAUAAAGAAGUACAGA